UGCAUUUUGUGAGGAUAAGAAUAUUACUUGCAUCAGUGAUAUUAGCUCUGGAAAAGAAUUUAUAGACUUCAUUUCAAAACAUGAUUGUUCAAGGAACAUUAAUAAUAUACAAUCAAAAGAAGCCAGUUUUGCUCUAAUUAGAGAGACAUUAGAAGGUAUCUAUGCUACUGACCUAUCUCGGACUGGCUCAAUUAUUGACUUUUCAGCAAUUUUUAACCUGAACACUGAUCCAGAAAUUCUAGAGUUUGAACUUGCCAAGAUACUGCUGGCCCUAAUUGGAGCCUACUUUCAGCCCACAAAUGGAGAUGUGGGAGUAUUUGCUAAGAUUGCCUUGACACUACCAGCAGACAAACAGGCCCAUUUCCUACAGAUGCUAGAGCAUAUACUCAGUAAAGACUUAGAUGAGGAAUUUGUGGCAGUUUUAUCCAAAAAAUUAGAUUCUGAUCCAGAUGGUGCUCUUUUCUUGAAACUAGUGACAAGCCAUCCACGCCCACUAGAGACCUCAACACCCUUGCUGGAACAGUCAUUCAACUUUGCCAGUAGAUGCAUCAAUGGCUCCAUGAGAGACAGUCCUGCCCCUCUCCAUCAGCACAAUACCAGCGUGGGUAACCUUUCUGUACUGGAGAUCAAUUCCCCUCUGCGUAUGAUGUCCCUCAAUUCAUCGCCUGCCCCCACCUCUUUUGGGGACCUCAUGCAGUCACCUCAACUCAUGCAGAAGGCACAGCUUCGACAGAAGGACAGAGAAAUCAAGAGACUAGAAUUUAAUCUCCGCAGUGAGCAGCACCUAAGAUGUGAAUUGGAAAUGGACCUUAAAGAAAAAUGUUCUACACUGGAACAAAAAGAAUUAAAUAUCAGGGAGCUUGAGGCUACCAUAAAGGAACAGAGAAAACUCCGAGAUGCUGUUGAUGAGCUGCACCAAGUCAAGAAUCUAAACGAAAAACUGAAUCAAGAUUUACAAAGUUGCAAGGCUAAAGUUACAGAUUUUCAAGAACUGAAACAGCAGAAGGAGUACUUUGAAAAGCAGUAUGAAGAAACUCUGGCCCAGUUUAAUCAGAUGGAAGAGGCUAUGCGAAGCCUGGAAUCUCUGAAACAGAGUCACGAAAAACUCCGCGGUAAAUGCCACAAACAGGAAGUAGAAAUCUCUGUUCUACAGACUACUCUCCAACACAGGGCCGAGGAAAUCGAGGCCCUCAAAGGGGAACUGUCUACUAUGAACGAAGCCCGACAGUGUGCCAUUCAGCAGUUCAGUGACAUGAAGAAGGAAAAAGAAGAACUGGAGGAAAUGUUUGCUGCAAAUGGAAUGGGUGGAGGUAUUGGAGAGAGUAUGGGCGUGGUGACAGACAUAAGGAUAAGAGACUUAGAGGCAGAGUUAUCUCAACUGAAAUCCUCCUGGAUUGACCCUGUAGUACAUGAUCAAGUCAGAAAGGAUCUGCUAGAGAUGACAGAAGCCAAGGAGACUUAUCAGACAAAGUUUUCAGAGGUUCACAAAGAACUGCUGGCAGUUCAGAGUGAAUUGGACACCACAAAGUCCCAAGUCACUAGUCUUGAAUCUCAGCUGUUGGAGAGUCGGCAGAUCUCCCAGGGGCAGGAGGAAACCAUCAAGUCCCAGGCCAUGAAGCUCAGAGAACAACAGGAAACACUGACAGCGGUCAAAUCGUCCGAGGAAAGUCUGCAGACUCUCAGUCAUGACUUGGAGGAAUCUAUGACUACUCUAAAGAAAGAACUGGCCAGAAGUCAGGCAGAGUACAAGUUGCUGACAGAGGAGUUUGAGAAUGAAAAACAAAUAUAUGAGAGCAGAAGGCAGACAAUAACAUCAUCAUAUGACACGGUUCAGUCUGAAAAAAGGAGUCUGGAGCAAACAUUCAGUAAAGAGAAAGCCUCACUGACAAGUCAGAUAGAAGAACUUCAAGCCAGACUCAACUCACAAACUGAGCAGGCUCGUACCUCAGAGGAGACGUUGAAAACUAAACUUGCUGCAGCACAAAACACAGUGAAACAGACCGAAAUUAUUCUAGAGAAUGAGCGAUGGACUAAAGACAAUUACAUAAAGGCACUGAAAGAGGAAAUGACACAGUUAAAAGAGGAAAUUCAGCAGACUGAAGAAAAAUUGAAUUCUGAGAUACAGGUGUUGUCCUCAAAUUCCAGACAGAAAGAGGAGUCCGCUCAAAGGGAAAUUGCACAAAGGGAUCAAAGCAUUGAUGAACUGAGGCAGCAGUUGGAGAUCUCAAGGCUACAGAGCAGAGAGCAACAAGAUCAGUAUCAAGAGGAAAAAGAUCGCCUCACCCAAGAUCUCGAACAAGUCCGCAAUGAGAAUGAGAGGCUGAAAACCGACUGUGCAAAUUUCCAAGAGAAAAUUGAUAACAUGAGCAUGAAAGCCAAGUCUCAAGUAGAGGAACUUCAGAGCCAGAUUUCAUCUUGGCAAGAUAAAUAUCAAUGGAGUGUUCAUGAUAAUCAGAUGUCUGUGGAGCAGUUGAGUGAAUGCAAAGCUAAACUAGAAGAAGAGGGUCAGGCAUUGGAGUCCUGCAGAACUGAAUUAUCAGCAGAAAAGGAGAAAAAUGUUCAACUCAGUAGCAGGAUCAGUGGUCUUGAAAGUGAACAUGAGACUCUACAAAAAUCUUUGAGUUGUAUGAAUCUAGAAAAUGAACAAUAUAAAAAUGAAAUUCUUGAACUGAAAGCUAGUUACCAAAAUUUGGAAUCCGAUAUGCAGAAUACUGUGGAUAGUUUGAAGAAUGACAUUUCCAAUUUUUCUUCAAAGAACAAAAAGUUACAAAGUGAAUUUGAAGAUCUUCAAAUUUCAUCAAUGGAGAAAGAACAAAAAUUGAAGAAGGAAUUAAAUAGGUUAGAGCAGACAAGUAAUGACCUGGAGAGUCGUUUACAACAAGAAAUUAAUUUCCACCAGGAACAACUCAGACAACAUGAGGUAGCAAGUGAACAGAAUCAGAAAAUUAAUAUAGAAGUGGCAAGAUUACAACAGCAGUUAAAGCAUAGGGAGACAGAGCUUCAAACAGCAAGGGAGGAGGUACAGAGGAAACAAGACUUACUGGAGGAAAACAGUGGCCAGAUGGCACUGGUCAAGAAGGUCGCAGAGGUCAAGCAAGCAGAUAAUGAAGAACUUCAGCAGAAAAUCCAGCAACUGGAAAAGAAAAUGAAAGAAAUGAAAGAAAAAGAAUGUGAGCUUAACAAAACACAGAACAGACUGAAGGCUGAGAGGGAUCAGUUUGAAAAACAUCUGCAAGACAAGGAGACUACUGUUGGACAACUCCACAGAGAAAUUGAUGCCCUUGAAGUUGAAAAGAACAAGCUGAAUGGUUUGGUAGCCAACUUGAGGAGCAGCUUGGGAGAUGUUCGUGGCCAAAGAGAUGAACUGCAGACACAGGUAGAUCAGCUAAGUGCCGAGAAUGCCAAACAAAUCAAAAUUAUCUCUGACCAUGAAGAAGAAGCCCAGAGUUUACAGCAGAAGAUAACAAGUUUACAUGAAGAAGUUGAUUCUUUAACCAACCAAACCAUAACUAGUAAGGCUAUCAUCCAACAAUCUGCCUCUGAAUGUGAAAGACUGAAAGAAAAAAGCAGCAGACUGGAGGCCGAAAUUCAGGAUCUGUCAUGUCGUUUGGAUGAUCAAACCCAACAAAGGGAGUCCCUCCACAGCAAAAAUCAGGAUCUAGAGGCUCAGAUCAUUAACCUUCACAAUAGCCUGGGAACUGAGAAAGAAAGCUUACAGACAAUUGUCGAUGAGAAAGAGGAGGCCGAGAAAAUGGUUGAGGCCAUAACGGGGAAAAUAAACAGUCUUCAAGCUGAUCUCAGUUCCAACAGAGAAGAAUUUAGAAAGGUGCUUGAAGAGAGAGACCAGUGUAUUAAGCAACUGGAAGACAGUAAUUCAAAACUUGGCAGUGAAAAAGUCAUAUCUCAAAGACUCCUUCAAGAAAAAAGUGAUCUGGAUAAAAUAAUACUGGAUUUGAAUGAAAAUGCUAAACAACUUCAACAUUCUUUGGAGCAGAUGAGGUUGGAAUACUCAAAUACAACGAGUGCAUUGGAAACCUUGACAGCUAAGAACAGUGAUGUUGAAAAUGAAUUAAAAUUGAAAGUUGAAGAAUGUCAGGAUUUCAUAAAAGAAAAGGAGAGUUUAUGUGGAAUGAUAGAGACAUUAGAAUCCUCUGUUAACCAGAUGUCAUCUCAACAGGAAGAAAAUCGUAAUCAAUUUAGUGAAAUGUGUGAUAAAUUCAGUGAAGCAACUAAGCAACUUGAAUGCAAAGAAGAGGAGCUUGAGAAAUUAAAAUCAGAAUAUGAAAAGUCCAUAGAGAAAAAGAAUCAAGUCACAAAUGAAUAUGAAGAGCAGAUCAGGCUAACUUGUGAGGAACACCAGAAGAAGGUUUCAUCUUUAAAAGAAGAAAUUUCACAAGUGAAUCAAAAGAGUGAAGAAAAAUUAAAGAGUUUGAUUGCUGACUAUACAGCAAGCAAUCACGAACUUAAAGAGGCUCGGCACAGGCACAUGACAAUGGAGAGGAAAAUAGCAGAACUUGAGAAACUGUGUAAUGUAGAAAGAGAGGCUAAGAAGGAAAUGAAAGUCAUGUUUGAGAAAACAGUGCAGGAACUGCAGGGAGAUGUGGAGUUUCAAACAAGGAGGAACCAGGAGUUAGAGAAUCAAGCUCACAAGAGACUAAAGGAAACGGAGUGUUACUGGAGAGCACAGCUGGAGCAGUUGGAGAGCGAGUAUUCCAGAGCUUCUGAGGAGGUCAAAGAAAACUACAGCUCAGAAAUCACAGAGAAACUGGAGCAGGUGACGAGUCGCUAUGAGGCCAUUGUGGCAGAGAAAGAGGGCAUGUUAAGUAAUCAAAGGCACAUGUUCCAAGAUAGGGUGACUCAUCUGGAGGGUAGGGUUGCCCAGAGACAGAGGGAGCUAGAGGAAAUGAGAGAGAAAAACAGAAAAUUGGAGGAUCUUCUUACUGAGGAACUGAACAGCCACAAGGAGCUGAAGACAAUUACCAGUGAACUGAGGUCCAAAAUUACAGAGAAAGACAAUGCAAUCAAGGAACGUAAUACGGCUGUGGCUCAGUUACAGAGGACAGUGAAUGAAAAGGAGGUGGAAAUUGGCAAUUCUCGUCAAAAGAUCUCGGAACUCCAACAAGAUGUUCAGUCCCUGCAGGAUAAGAUUCAGUGUCUAUCGGAGGACAUGGAAAAUCAGACACAUAACACUGGUGACUUACAGAAGGAAUUGGAUGUGUGUAAAGAACAGAGAGAGGCAGCCUUAGCAGAGGUCAACAGUUACAAACAACAGCUUAAUGCAGUAGAAGCUGAAAGAGAUAGUCUACAGGAAGAAAUUGAAGGAUUCUCAGAAAAGUUUGAGAAAUUCCAAGAAAACCUGGAAUAUAAGCUCAAGCAGGCAGAAUUGCAGGUGCUGGAGACCAAAAACCAGAGGGAAAACGCUGAGUUGGGGUUAAAGGAUGAGAUCCAGAGUUGGCAGAAGAAGUUAUUCGAAGAGGAAGAAGCCAAGCAGAGGCUGGAGAAUGAACUGAAACAAGCUCAGACUGAGCAUGAGAAAACCGAAAAAAUGCUGGAGAGCUACAAAAUUCACUAUAGCAAGAAAAAAGAAAUGCUAGAGUUCCAGAACAAGGAAGUAGAGCUUUACAAAAAUAUGAGUCGCGAGUUCCGACAGAAAGCAGAAAAACUCAGUUGCGAUAAUAAGGCACUGAAGAAUACCGUGGAUGAGAUGAAGUCUGAAAUAGCUUCAUACAAAUCUAAGGUGGAAAAGGCAGAGUACAAUGUUUCUCCUUUACAAGAGGAGCUCCAAGCAGAAUGUUUGAAGAACAAAGCUCUCAACAAUGAGAUCCGAAGCCUUAAAGUUCAGUUAGACCAUGCAUCUAGACAGCUACGAGACAUGAACAAGAAUGGUAGUAAGGUUACAGAAAAUGCCGAGUUAUUCACCACUAACAAGGUUAUUGACACAAUCAAAAUGCAAGACCAUGAAAUGGGACAUGCCUUAUUUGGACAGACUGAAACCAAAACAGUUUUGAAACCCCGAGAAGUCCUAGAUUCCUUGGAUGAUUCUAUCUUCAUGGAGUCUCCGCCCAAACCAGAACAUGUUAAAACAGUCAGCAAUAUAACCCUAAAGAGUGAAGCCAUGGAUGCCUUAUCAGAGCGUCGGAUGUCGCUGAGGAGUUAUUCCAAUCGUCUGUCAAGCUCGGAUAUGAACCAGAGUAUGUACAGUACGAGCUCAGCGGCUUCCACUGCCAGUGUACCACGUGGAAUGUUCCACUGCGAGGAUGAACCAGAAGAGUUUGAGUGGAAUCGCCUGACCGAGUUACAGCGGAGAAACACGCUAUGUCUGCCUCACCUCAAAACCUCGUACCCAGUGGAGACCCAGCGAGUCAAGCCUAAAGAAAUCAGUGAUGAUGCACUGCGCUACAGUCUGAUGCCCAGUGGAAGUGGCAAGAAGCGAAAACAGGCACAGUCAAGUGAUGAAGAUGAUUUGAAAUCUAUGCAGUUAAGAAGCAGUAAACAGGCAAAACAUGGCACUAGCCAGCAGAAAUUAGGAGCUUUAACCCCCUCUAAACCAAACACUCCCAAGACACCAUCUAGUUCUAAGAAGUCGAAGAAGACACCUGGCAAACUUCGGACGCCAAAACUCAGUAUGAAUAGAGAAAACUCAUCAUCCAUCAAAAAGUCAAGACUUGGAGGAUUGAAAUUCAGCAUAGGUUUUACGCCCAAGGACAAAAGCAAAGAAAAUGCCAGGAGCACAUCUAAGGCCGAUAGAAAGCCCUUGAAAAGCAAAAAUUGGUUUCAAAUGGGACGUUAGCCAAUUUCGAAGUAGCUGAUCAAUUUAAUAUCCUUGCAAGCCAGGGAAACCUUGCUUUCACUUUCAUUCCUUAACACAGCUUUUCACCAGGAAAAAUUUCUGUGAUAUUUAUUCAAGGACAUACAUUCACUAAAAAUCUGUGUUUUGAAUUGUAAAGAAGAAUAGUGGCAUUGUUAAAUUCUAUUUUAAAAACUGAUACUUUGUAAUUAUUCAGUUGAAAAUGAAAGUUACAAUUCUCUGUACAAAAUGUAAAUUACAUGUAUUUAGUUAUGAUUUUGCUUUAUACUUUGUACAUUGUUAGUAUAAAAUAUGUAUAAAUCUUACUUUUCUCUUGUCCUGGAUAAACUGUAUGUUUGUAUGAUAUGACAGUUCAUUGUAACCUAGAUUCUUCAUAGAGUCGGGAAAGGUUGUGAUGUUUUUUUUAUAUAUGAAUUUAUGUGUCCUUUGUUUUACAGGUGUGUAAAUGGAAUCAUGUUUUACUAGUCAUGUAGAUCUGUGUAGACAUUAUUUAUUGUGUGUAAUCAUGUAUGUUUGCUUAGUAUCUCAGUGCUUAUCUUACUUCAGGCACAUGAAAAAUGGCAGCAGUAAAGGAAGUAAAAAUACA